CAAGGACCCAAAAAGGGCCGGCAACCGGUGGACGCGGCGCGCGCGCAACACAGCGGCGCGGGGACAGCAAGCUCCAGCCAGACAAAAAGUAACCUUUUUGAAGAGGACAUGUGAUUGGACGUUGUCUAAUUGUUGAAGUGUUGGGAGCAACGUUUCUAAAGUUUUAGAAAAACCACCAACGACUUAUACUCCCUCCUUCAAGGUGAACCACUGAGUUCUUCAUUAUGUCUGAUGGCGACUACGAUUACCUCAUCAAGUUUUUGGCUUUGGGAGACUCUGGAGUAGGGAAGACCAGUGUACUUUACCAGUACACAGAUGGUAAAUUUAACUCCAAAUUUAUCACGACAGUGGGCAUUGAUUUCAGGGAAAAGAGAGUGGUGUACAGAGCCAAUGGACUUGAUGGAGCCAUUGGCAGAGGCCAGAGAAUCCAUCUGCAAUUAUGGGACACAGCAGGGCAGGAGAGGUUUCGUAGCUUGACAACAGCCUUCUUCAGAGAUGCUAUGGGGUUUCUUCUGCUUUUUGAUCUGACGAAUGAGCAGAGUUUCCUCAAUGUCAGAAACUGGAUAAGCCAGCUACAAAUGCAUGCAUAUUGUGAAAACCCAGAUAUAGUGUUAUGUGGAAAUAAGAGUGAUCUGGAAGACCAGAGAGUAGUAAAAGAGGAGGAAGCAAGAGGACUUGCAGAGAAAUAUGGAAUUCCCUACUUUGAAACUAGUGCUGCCAACGGGACAAACGUAAGCGAAGCAAUUGAGAUGCUCCUGGACCUGAUAAUGAAGCGAAUGGAACGGUGUGUAGACAAAUCCUGGAUUCCUGAAGGAGUGGUCCGGUCCAAUGGUCACACCUCUAGAGAUCACUUGAAUGAAGAAAAGGAGAAGGGGAUCUGUGGCUGUUGAAGAGUCCAGUGAGCUACACAGUCAUUCAAGUGGCCCGUGUCUGUGGUCUUUUCUAUGGGCGAUACAUGGCACAGAGAGAGAUGAACAGGCAUAGCGUACAAACUGCUUCUACCAUUUCAAUUAGAUCUCUCUGGUUUUAAAAUUUAUUUGCUGCAGCUCUGUAAAUACUUAACAUUCAGCCCCAGAGUUAUGAGAAAUAUUUCGCAGAGCCACAAGUGCCUUAUAAAACCUUAGUGCAUGGUAGUAGAUGAUUCAGAAUUGAGGAAUUCGUAGCCACAACAGAGUGCAUUUAUUAUGUAGAAAGACUAAAGAUACCAUCAUCUGCCUUAACAUACAUCAGUCCAGAGUCUAACACUCAAAAUCUUAGAUACAAUGAUAAAACUACCAAUCUUUAAUCCAAAUUAAAAAACCCUACUACUCGUACUGUGGGUGACCUUAUAAAAUGCCAUCUAAACCACUUGAUUGUUAAAUAAGAAUAUACACGAACAUCAUUUCAAUGUCCUUGAGUAUUAAUUUAUAUGAACAGUGUCUUUAAAAUGAAUAUAGCAUAGAUGAUGCUUUUAUCUAUAGACUGGAUAAAGUGGAUUGACCAAUUGUAUAUUCACUAUGACUCUUGUUGGUAGGAAGGGGAUUGGGGAUGAGGUUAGGGGUACCUUAAUAUAGUAUGAGCAACGGAAGUGGGGCUUCUAGCUUCCUGCUAUAUUCCCACUGCUCUGAAGGGUUGAUUGAAGGAUCAGGGAAUUAAAUUUUUGUGGCUUUAUUUCACUAUGAUCUGUGUGUUUAUACUUGGCCUACACGCUGGCCACAUUUGAACAUAGCUGGUGCUUAUGCCAAAGUUAUUUGUGAUAAGUAAGCAUUUAGCUUCUUUUUCUUCAUAUUUAUAAUGUUGGUCUGGCAUCCUCAGACUGCAGUUUUAAUUAGCUUGUAAACUACUAAUUUUUUGUCUUCACCGUCAUGCUUUGUAUUAUUGAUAUUUGCAACUUGUUUUAUUUUUACAGUGGUGGAAUUGAAGGAAUUAGAUUUUAAUUACAUAAAAUGUUUGCUAUCUGGUAGAAGAAGGAUGUUUGUAUUUAAGCAGUUACAUUUAUACUAUAGCUCAAUAUAAGAAAAAUGAAGCCUUAAAUAACCUAUAUUUUUUAUUGAGAUCACAGGCAUUUAUUGUACUUGCUGGGUCUUGCCAAGAUCAUGAAUUCCUCUGCAUUGCCUAAGUGUCUUUGUAUCAGAUUAAAGUUAGUUUUAAAAUAUGCUUCGUGGCAGGCGUUUAUAAAGGUCAUAGGGGAAAUUCUUAUUUAUUAAAGUGGUUUAAGUAAAUUAGAUUAAAAUUUCCGAAGAGUUUAGUGGCUAUUUAGAAAGAAUUACCAUUCAUUAUAAUUUAAACAAAGAAUAAUAAUAAAUGCAUAUUGUGGUGGCAAAUGAUUGGAAGAACUGUAGUUAGGAGCAUAUAGCUAUGAUGGAAGUAAUUACUUUUACAUGGUUAUUUUCAAAUAGCUUUUUAUUGAGUAUCUAUCCUAUUUCUUUGCCACUUCCUUCCUACUACUCCCUUAAAAAAAUUAGCUGUGAUUAGUAAAAUCUUAUAUGUUUCUAUCCUUGGAGUGAAGACUUCUUUUAAAUACUAAGAAAGUCAUUGAGUCCUAUGCAUUUGGAUUGUGUAUUCCAGUAAGGAAAAGAUCCAGACAUUACAAGAUAGUGCCCUAAUCACAGCAGUACCUUCUAAAGUUGCUGUAGACUUCAGUGGAGCAAAUCCUAAUUUUACAGCUAUGUAUCAGGCAUCAUUUUAUAUGAUCUGUUAUGUAGUUCAAAAGAAGACAAUAUUUGUAUGUUUCACUUUUAGCAAUUAGCAGUCAGCUAAUUCCCCAUUGGCUUUACGCAUAAUACACAAUUAAACAUAUGCAUGAUACAGUACACAUGCAAGAACUAUCUUUAAUUAUUGAAAUAACCUGUAUUCUCUUUGGAAAUCCUUUGUUUGAAUUUGGUGUUAAAGCAUCAUUUUUGGGCAUCAGUACAUUUUUCUAUUUAUAAGACUGUAAAAGUGAAGUGUAUUCUAAGCGAACUUUGUGCCAAUUAAGCUUUUAAUUAAAAAGUGGUCUAGUCUGCCAA